GAGACAGAAGYGGACUCAAGAGCCAAAGAAUCGCCUUGCUUCACUUCUGGUUCCACAGUAAUUUGUUGUGACUAAAGUCUUUUGUAUACUGGGAAAUUAUUCUAAGGAUCAUCAGGUGUUUUUUAUAAUUUAUUCGUCUGUUCUACAUCACCUUGUAAACCAAAAAGCCACUCCAUAGUACCGAUCAAAGAACAGUUGGUGCAUAGCAGGUUUUGACAUGAUGGAUAAAGUGCUUAUAUUUGUUGYAAUUGGAUUGGUGCCKGCUUCAAUGGCGGCAGUCACUUAUAAUUACCGUCCUGAUGAUAAGGAAUAUGGUCCUUCUGUCUGGAACACAAAAUAUAACGUGAGCUGUGCUGGAAAACGCCAAUCUCCAAUACACAUUGACACAACGAAAACCGUUUAUAAGAAUUUAGGUGCUUUGCAAUUCACCAAUGAUGAUAAAGUCCCAAAUGGCCCUACCUUGCAAAUCGGUAACAACAAACACAGCUACAGAGUGAAUCUGAAGAAGGAUUAUUUCUCAGUCAAGGGAGGUGGAUUGCCUGGAACCUUCAACGUAUUYUCCUUUCAUUUUCAUUGGGGCAAGGACGAUACCAGAGGCUCUGAGCACACUGUGAACAUGAAAAAAUACCCRGCAGAGUUGCAUUUUGUCAACUGGAACACGAAAUACGUUAAUAUAUCUGAAGCUUUGAAACACGAAGAUGGCAUUGCUGCAAUAGGGGUCAUACUUGAGAUUGGAAACGACGAAAACCCAGCUCUUGCGUCGUUUUUGAAGUAUGCUGUCAAUGUAACUUACCCUAAAGAACUAUACAACAUCGCCCAGACCCAUUCGAUUGCCGAUUUGAUGCCAAAAAACAGAGAAGCAUUUUACCGCUACGAUGGAAGUCUAACUACACCAGUAUGUCAAGAGGUAGUCACUUGGACGGUAUUUAAUAACACAAUGCCAAUUACUGCAAACCAGUUAUCACUCCUAAGAAGCCUGAAAGACAACAACGCCACUUUGGGUGUAGCUUUGGUUGAUACGCAUCGUCCMGUUCAACCUCUGAAUAACCGUAUGGUGUAUAGAACCUUCGAUAAGCCACCAGUUACUGCCGGCUGUUGCCUGACACCCACAGUCUGUCUUCUCAUCAUUAUGCUUGGGCUUUUCGCCAUGUUUAACUGAUUCCAAUUGCUAUAUUGAAAGCAUCAUAGUCAACUCUAGAUAUUUUGGUUCGAUGACUAUGUAAACUAAGAACGCACACGAGGCUCCGGGAAAACAAAUUGAUAAUCUUGAUUUAUUCUUUUAUUUCCCCGGAGCCUCGUCUGCAAUUCUUUUGUGCAUGGUCACUGAACCAAAAUAUCAAAAGUGCGGCUAUUUUGUUCGUAUGCAUCUAAACUCACAUAUUUAGAUAACUUUUGUAAUGACUUAGCGGUUUGUAUCAAUUGUUAAUGGCACUGACAGCAAAACAUGGAUUGAAUACUUACUGACUCGGGAAAUUUCGUGAGUUGGUCCUCUAUAUCCAUUGGAAGACAGCACCGUCCUUGAUUAGACRUCAGUAGGUUUUCUAUCGAUGCAUAAUCAUUAAUUAUCAUGUUUCAAUACGAAACAUCGAURCUUAUCGCACACUUAACGCUGUUUAUCAUAGUAAUUGCACCAGUUUCCAAUUUUUAGCCUCAAAGCAAGAUUGUAAUAGCUUUGACCUUCGAGGUGUGGUCACAAUAAAAAAAUAAAUAGUAAAGCUUU